CAGAAAUUAAGUUGAAAGUACUAGUGUUCACUGACAAUCAUGGAGUUUAAACUACUUCUAGUUCUCUGUUUCAAUAUUGGACUUAUAUGUUCUCAAAAGACAAAACCGAUUGGAAGUAAACCAAUCACUGUUACCACAGCAGCAAAAACUCCAGCAACAUCGACAUCACCAGUAACAAAUGGUACAGGUGGUCCUAAAUUUGAUCUUGCUGCUCUUCAGAAGCUAUUGGCCACGUUUCAGAUGAUGCAGGGAGCUCAAGGAGGAAAUACUGCACCAUCGUCAAGUCUUCCUGGAGUAUCCAGCAUGCCUAUGCCUAGCGCCAACCAAAUAUCAAGAAAAAGCAACAUUAAUGCGAAUUCCCUCUACCAACCAGAGCUUAUGAACACUAACGUUCCUUACAUGGGAAACUCACUACAACAGAGCCGAUUUCAGAAUCAAUUUCUAGGAGGACAGUUUGCACCCAAUGUAAAUGUAUACAGAACCAACAACCAUAUUUCAAGUUUCGAACAGAUGCGUCUGACAAGAUCCUAUAAUUUGGAUGAAGAGCAGAAAUUUAAAAUCCUUGAAGAACACAAUAAAUUUAGAUCAGAUGUGGUACAAAAGAGAGGAACAGGAGCAAUGAAUGUUCUGAGAUGGAGCGAAAAACUGGCUGCCCAGGCUUCUUUGGAAGUAAUGAAUUGUUCAUAUGUAAAUCAAGGUCGGGGAGCGAGCUUGGCUUCAGUAUAUGAAAAAUAUACCGGAUCAAGUUUAGUCAGCGAAUUUAUGAGUCGAUGGUCAGAUGAAAAGAAUCGAUUUUCUUUGGGUGAAAACUGUUCAAUUCAGCAAACUUGUAGAUAUUCACAGGCAGUAUGGGCUAAUACCAAACAAGUCGGUUGUGCUGUCCAAUAUUGUGGUGAUAUGUCAUUUAUUGCUUGUUCUUAUUCUCCAGUUGGAAACACGGUAAACCAAAUCGCCUUCAGUCCAAGUCGAGGAGGUAUUUGCAGUGCAUGCACUACUCCACCUAAUAUGCCUGUCAGGUGUAAUUCAGAUCAUUUAUGUGAAUGGAGAACUGGACUUCAGAUUUUAACAAUGAAAUGUGAUACAGUUAAAGUUCGUGUUGUCAGCUGA